AUGACAUACAUCAGCAGUUACCACAUACUAACGCUCACACACCGACAGAGAGACAGAAACACCGUGGAGAGUCAUGGGCAAGACAGGGGGACGAGGGGACUUUGAAUGGGUCUACACGGACCAGCCGCACACCUCCAGAAGGAAAGAAAUCUUGGCCAAAUAUCCACAGAUCAAGUUGCUAAUGGGUCCAGAUCCCCAGCUGAAGUGGGUGGUGUCAGGCAUGGUCCUAACCCAGCUCCUAGCUUGCUACCUGGUCCGUGACCUCUCCUGGAAGUGGAUCUUCUUCUGGGCCUACGCCUUUGGGGGCUGCAUCAACCAUUCCCUAACGCUGGCAAUUCACGACAUUUCUCACAACGUGGCCUUUGGCAACAAAUUCGCAAAGUGGAACCGCUGGUUUGCUAUGUGGGCCAACCUCCCAAUAGGGGUUCCUUAUUCGGCCUCCUUCAAGAAGUAUCACAUAGACCACCAUCGGUACCUGGGCGGUGACCAGCUGGAUGUGGACAUCCCCACGGAUUUUGAGGGAUGGUUCUUCUGCACUCCUGCCAGGAAGGUUGUGUGGCUGAUCCUCCAGCCGCUUUUUUACAUCCUGCGCCCCCUAGUGGUCAAUCCUAAACCUGUGAGUCUGCUGGAGGUCCAGAACACAGCGGUGCAGCUCGCAGCAGAUGCAAUAAUCUUCUAUCUCUGGGGUGUGAAGCCCAUCAUUUACCUCAUCGCAGGAUCCAUCCUGAGUAUGGGUCUGCAUCCUAUCUCUGGACAUUUCAUAGCCGAGCACUACAUGUUCCUGAAGGGACACGAGACGUAUUCCUACUACGGAGCACUGAACCUGAUCACCUUCAACGUUGGGUAUCACAUGGAGCACCAUGACUUCCCCAGCAUUCCUGGCAGUAAACUACCUCAGGUCAAGAAAAUUGCAGCAGAGUUUUACGACUCUCUGCCCCAGCAUACUUCCUGGACCAGGGUGUUGUGGGACUUUGUGUUCGACGACAGCAUCGGCCCCUACGCCAGAAUCAAACGGAAGUACAUCCUGAGCAAACAAGGCUAGAAAGAAGUGUGACUGAACACACACACACACACACACACAAAAACAGAAGUGUGUCCUUAAAUGUAGUCUUACCAGCGUAUGUUGUGCUGCCCACAGACUCAGUCGCUAAGAAAAUGUGCACAUUUUCGAAAACUGUUUUAUGCAACUGGGAAUAAUUAUGUAAAAUCCUGCUGUAAAUAGUUUGUGAUGUUGAGUUCUUGUGCCUAAAGAAAUAAUAAUAAUAAAAUUAAUAAUAUAUUUUUUUCUACAUACAAGUCAAAGGUCACGUGCAUUAUCAAGCACCAAGGUUUCUUUACUUCCUAGACAAUGACUUCAGACCUGUGACACAGCAGCUCAGGUGACCUAUUGACCUGUGAUUUAAUUGGAUAUAAAAAGGGACUUUCUCUUCACGGACAGUCCUGGUCUGCAAACCAGAGAUUGAUUUGAAGAUUGAAGAGAUUGAACAGCAUAAAAACACAUAAUUAAAAAAAAAAUUAAUACAUUUUUUUGGCAGGUAAGAAAAUCUAGUUUAUGAUGGCUGUGUUGUGGAGGUUGUAACUCAAUUAUCUUCUGGAUUUAAUCUGUAUUUUACUGAAUUUAAGAAAAAUAAGUUCUUGUUCCCAGCAGCAGCUCCAUACUGACGUUGAUAGAGUUUGUAUUCUGUGGAAGGUAAAGAGUUAAAUAACAAAAUCAAUAACGUAUAUACUGAUGACGCACCAGCCGAAAUAAUCUAUAUUUUGAAGGAAACCAGGGACCAAACACUAAUAACAGACCAACUUGAAUGAAUGCGUGUUGUUUUUGUCCGUUGUUCUUGUAUGAUUCGUCACUACCUGCUGUGAAGUGUUGUGUAAAAACAGACAAAGAAUCUUUAUACGAAGUCAAACCAUAAAGGAAAUGAUUUUGUAGUUAA